UCUAUUGAAUGCAAUUGAAGUUAACAUUUAGUUAGUGUCGACACUCAAACAUUUGACGGAUUGACUGAUAAGUUGUUUACACAACUUGUUUACCAUUAAAUUGAUUAAAUCGGCGAUUAUAUUGUUGGCCUACAAAGUGAUGCGAUUGACCAGAUUUGUUGAAUUUGGCCGAAAGAUUGUCUGUUUGGGUAAAAACUAUGGCAAACACGCGGCCGAAAUGGGUGGCAAAGUGCCCGACAAACCCAUGAUUUUUCUCAAACCAGCGACUGCUUAUGUGACUGAAGGCAAUCCUAUUAAAGUACCGGUUGGUUGUCAGCAAUUACAUCAUGAGGUAGAACUUGGAGUCAUAAUUGGCAGAAAGGGAUUCAAUAUUAGUGAGAGUGAAGCCAUGGAUUAUGUCGGCGGAUAUGCUGUCACUUUAGACAUGACUGCCCGCGAUUGGCAGGAUUUAGCCAAAAAAGAGGGCACUCCGUGGUCUUUGGCUAAAGGUUUUGACACUUCCUGUCCCGUCGGCAACUUUAUUCCCAAGGAAAGCAUUGCAGACCCAAAUGCAUUGCAAUUGUGGUGUAAAGUCAAUGGAGUUAUGCGACAAAAUGCUAGCACUUCUGAUAUGGUCUUCAAAAUCCCACAAAUAAUUAGUUAUAUUAGCAAAUACUUCACACUUGAAUCGGGAGAUCUCAUACUUACUGGAACUCCUUCAGGUGUUGGUUCAGUAAAUCCAGGCGACACUAUUGAGGUCGGACUCGGGGAUCUGUCUAAAGUUAGUUUUCAAAUAGAGACUCAGCAAUAGUUAAACAAUAAUUUUUAUUUUAGUCUAUUUUCAAUAUUUACGGUAAUUAUGUUUUGAAAAUUACUUUUAUAAAACAAAUUAUAUUUACUGUAAUAUAUUGUUUUCAAUAAUGAGCUUCAAUUCAAUAAAAUUCACUCA